AUGUCUGCCUGUGAAAUGGGAACAUUCAAUCUUACGGGAGCUAUAUGGCUUGCCCAAACCGUAUCAUCACUUAAUGAAUUAUAUUCUAAUAUACAGCCAUAUGUAGUUGUAGCUUUAUGUAUAGCAGGAACAUUAAUGAAUUUAGUGACAGUCAUUGUAUUAACACGUCCAACAAUGCAAUCACCUAUCAAUUGCCUCUUAUGUGCAGUAGCUCUCUGUGAUAUUCUUGUUAUGUCUUCUGUCUUAAUCUUUGUUUAUCAUUUCAUGAUUGCGGCAACACAACGAUGUGAUUUUACUGAUUUUAGUAAAAGUUGGGCAUAUUUCCUAUUUUUACAUUCCCAGACAACUGUCAUCUUCCAUGCUACGAGCAUUUGGCUUACAGUUCUAUUAGCUCAAAUACGUGUUUAUACAAUUAAGAGAGCAACUACUGGUCCGACUGAUAUGAUAACUAUCAAAUCAACGUUCGUCGUUGCUCUCAUCACACUUCUCAUUGUAAUGCUCGCAAAUAUUCCAAACUUCUUGACUUUUGAGAUAGUCGAACAUUCAGCUGAAGGCUAUUGUGAUGAAGAGGAUGAAGGACUAACUAAGUAUUCUGCUAACGCCACACCAGCUGACUUCAUGUACCAAGUGAAAGCAUCCGAUCAGGACUGUGGCUUACUGAAGGCAGCUUUCUGGACAAAUGGGAUAGUGUUCAAAGUUGUUCCAUGUCUGUUACUAACAUUUUCUAUUAUUGCGUUACUGAAAAUUAUCAGAGACGUUUCCACCCGGAGGAAAAGCCUUGCUCAAGUUAUGAAUAAGAAACGUUUACCGAGUGAUCAUACAACUCCUAUGCUAGUUGCUGUUUUAUCAAUUUUUCUUUUGACGGAGUUGCCGCAGGGCAUCUUGCAUGUGGGUAAUGCCAUCUUCUCGAAAGCAACGUUCUAUAAUCGAAUUUAUCAGCCUUUGGGUGAUAUCAUGGAUUUGCUUUCCUUACUCAAUUCAGCAGUUAACUUCAUCAUUUAUUGCGCUAUGAGUCGGAAGUUCCGUUGUGUUUUCCUACAGCUGUUUGCCAACCUGUUGCCUGAACGAAUCUACAGACGAUAUGUUCAUCAAUUCCCUGGAGUAUUUGAUCUGGAGAUAUCUCGUCAAAAACCAUCGGGAUAUACAGAUGUCACCCGAACGGAACAGAUGGCUCUGACAUCUAGUUCCCAUCGGGUAUCAGCUACAUCUAUGCUUAUACGUACUUCAUCACGUGAAAAAAUGUACUCAGGAAAUUUAUUGUCAGUCGAAGGCCCCGGAGGCCGUUCAAUGUCUCACUCGAGUGUUCAUUACAAAGAGCAGUUUGAUGGACGCAGUAGCUUAGAAAUUCAUGAAAUCAAAUUGCCUAUUCCAUCGUCAAAAGGUAAUGAGAGGCCGGCUGGAAAUGUGUUUGUCACAUUCCGGCAAUACGUUAGUCGAGUUAUCCAACGAAUGGAAGCCAAUCACAUACAGGAUAGCCCACAACGUCGAAUGAAUAUCAUUCAAUUCGAAACAAGUACAAUAUACUGA